GGACUAAGUGUGCAUGGCUUCUGUCUAGCACACGAUGGCAGCACUGCGCAGAAGAACGGCUCGGAUAUUCCAGGCUGGUUCUCUCAAGGAUGUGAACCUUUCCUUCCUGUUUCGGUAACACAGGCAGCAAAACCUCCGCAUAGUGGGCUGCAAUAGACAUCUAUCAGGCCUCCAUAAUGGCUGUGUUCUUAGCCUUAGCGUUACAAAGUCGCUUAAUUCAUAGCUCCAAUCGCGCCAAAUGCGUGAUUGUAUUUAUUUAGCAUCCAUUAUUGUAGACAUUUUAUUUAUUGUCGCCGCACGUCUGUAUAGACAGCAUCAGGAACACGCGCUGUUCUCCGGCAAUUGUUCCCACCAUAUUCUCAUGGCGGAGACUAAAAUCAUUUACCAUAUAGACGAGGAGGAAACUCCUUAUUUGGUGAAACUGUCAGUAGCUCCAGAGAAGGUAACUUUGGCAGAUUUCAAAAAUGUCCUCAGCAACCGACCGGUCAACAGCUACAAAUUCUUCUUUAAAUCUAUGGAUCAAGAUUUUGGGGUUGUUAAAGAGGAAGUCUCUGACGAUAACGCCAAACUGCCUUGUUUCAACGGGAGAGUGGUGUCAUGGCUUGUGUUGGCUGAGAGCUCCCACACAGAUGGGAUGUCGGUAUGCACUGACAGUCAUACGGAGCUGCCCCCACCGCUGGAGAGGACUGGAGGCAUCGGAGACUCCAGACCCCCCUCAUUCCAUCGAAACAGUGGCGGUCGGAGUCGAACUGUUCACAGCUCAAUCAGGGCGGGUCUAAGUGCUAAUGCAGUGAACAGCAGAGACGGGCUGGACACAGAAACUGGAAGCGAGUCCGUUCUCCGCCACCGUCGAGAGCGGGAGCGAGAAAGGACCAGACGGAGGAGAGAUGAAUUCCCACGUGUGAAUGGUCACUCCAAAGCCGAGCGGGUGGUGAGGGACACAGCCAUGGCCUGUGACAGCGGCUCUAUGAUGAGCAGUGAGUUGGAGUCAAGCUCCUUCAUUGACAGCGAGGAGGAUGAGGAUGCUAGCAGGCUGAGUAGUUCCACAGAGCAAAGCUCUUCUUUUCAGUUAAUGAAGAGACACAAGCGCAGGCGCCGGCGACACAAAGUGGCUAAAAUCGACAGGUCAUCUUCCUUUAGCAGUAUCACAGAUUCAACCAUGAGCCUCAACAUCAUCACUGUUACCCUUAAUAUGGAGAAAUAUAACUUUCUCGGCAUCAGUAUAGUGGGCCAAAGUAACGAUAGAGGAGAUGGUGGCAUCUACAUCGGCUCUAUUAUGAAGGGAGGAGCGGUGGCAGCAGAUGGGAGGAUAGAGCCAGGCGACAUGCUGCUGCAGGUAAAUGAUGUGAAUUUUGAAAACAUGAGCAAUGAUGAUGCAGUCAGGAUCCUCAGAGAGAUUGUCUCAAAGAAUGGCCCCAUCAGUCUCACUGUUGCCAAAUGCUGGGACCCUUCGCCUCGCAGUUACUUUACAAUACCUAGAGGUCAGUAUACACAGACACAUUUCUUUCAGAUACGCAAACACCAUGCUCUGACUUGUUCUGCUUUUUUCUUUUCCAAAGCUGAACCAGUUAGACCUAUUGACCCGGCAGCAUGGAUUUCCCACACUACUGCACUUACAGGAUCUUACCCACAAAAUGAGUUUGACGACCUCCCUCUUACAGUGGGAAAGACAGACAUGGCCACUAUUGUAAAGGUGAUGCAGCUCCCAGACUCAGGACUAGAAAUAAGGGACAGAAUGUGGCUGAAGAUUACUAUAGCUAAUGCUGUUAUAGGAGGUGAUGUAGUGGACUGGCUGUACUCACGGGUCGAGGGAUUCAAAGACCGGCGGGAUGCCAGAAAAUACGCCAGCAGCCUGCUGAAACAUGGCUAUCUCAGACACACUGUCAACAAGAUCACCUUCUCUGAACAGUGUUACUACACAUUUGGAGAUCUCUGCCAAAAUAUGGCUACACUAAACUUGAAUGAGGGGUCGAGUGGUGCUGGAUCAGAGCAGGACACAUUGGCGCCUCUCCCCCCUCCGUCCACUAACCCAUGGCCCAUGGGCGGCCAGCCCUUCCCCUACCCACCCUUCUCCACAGCGCCCUCUGGGUUCCCUCCAGGAUAUUCCGACCCCUGCCACAGUUUCCACAGUGGCAGCGCAGGAAGUCAUCAUAGUGAGGGAAGUCGAAGCAGUAGUUCCAACCCUAGCGUUGGGAGGAGCCAGCGGCCUGUGCCGAGAGACAAGGACCGCAAAUCAGCAGGCAGCGGCGGCAGCGAAUCGGAUUCAGGCAACCGAGCAGGUGGGAGGCGGGUUGAGCGUUCAGCCAGCCAGUUGAGUCACCGUAGCCAUGCGCUGUCAUCUCGCAGCCACACUCAUUCCCGCGUCCCGUCCCAACACAGCCGCACGUCCUUCUCCUACAGCCACGCUCCUUUUUCAAAGUAUGGUCACACCUCUUGCGCACUCAGCGAACGGAGCCACGCCUCCUCUUACGGACCCCCAGGCCUGCCUCCUCCCUACAGCCUGGCCAGAUUGACCCCUAAGGGGGCUAUCAGCAGUGGGCCCCCAGGGGCCCCUCCAGUGAGGGAAAUAGGGGCCAUACCACCCGAACUCACCGCCAGUCGCCAGUCCUUCCAGCAUGCCAUGGGCAACCCUUGUGAGUUUUUUGUGGAUAUAAUGUAAUCUCAUGAACAAAUAAUAAAUAGCAGUACAAUGGAAUCCCACAAGAUGAGUGCCAUGAAUACACGCUCAACUUUUACCAACAGCAAAUGUGGCUGUGCUGUAGUUUCUGUGGAAGGAUCAGAUGUGUUAAUCAUGUGUUAAUCAUGUGUUGCGCAGAGGGCAAAUACCUGCAUACACUACUGUUCAAAAGUUUGGUGUCGGUAAAGAAAGAAGUAAUAUUGUAAAAUAUUAUUACGAAUUAAAAUAACUUUUUCUGUUUUAAUAUAUUUUAAAAUAUAAUUUAUUUCUGUGGUGGCAAAGCUGAAUUUUCAGCAGUCUCUCUAGACUCUAGUCUUCAGUGUCACAUGACCCUUCAGAAAUCAUUCUAAUACGGUGAUUUACUGCUCAAGAAGCUGCUGAAUGCUGAAAACAGUUGUGCUGCUUAAUAUUUUUGUGGAAACUGGUAUUUUUCGCCAGUGGGAUUCUUUGAUGAAUAUUACCAUUAAAUAUAAAUAAAAACAAGGUAGAAAUCUUUUGCAACAUUUUUUACUGUCGAACUGUUUAAUAUGGAAGCCCAUUUCUACCACUCAAUAAAAAAUAAAAAAGGUCAUUGCGAGUUUUUAUCUGAAAAUUCUGACUUUUUUUUCCCUCACAAUUGUGUUUACAUCUCACAAUUCUGACUUUUUUCUCAUAAUUGCAUGAUAUAAAUUUUUGCAAGAAAUAAAAUCAGAAUUGUAAGAAACUCUCGGAAUUGCGUAAUUGCGACUUUAUCUCAGAACUGUUGGUUUAAAUCACACAAUUCUGAGAUUUUUUUCAGAAUCAAGAUAAAAUCACAAUUCCAAGAAAAUAUCUUACAGAGUUUAUAUCUUACAGUUCUGAGAUAAAAAGUCAGAACUGCGAGAUAAACUCAGAAUUGUGAGAAAAAGUCAGAAUUCAGAAUUGCGUCUUUUUCUCAGAAUUGCGUGAUAUAAACUCACAGUUGUGAGAAAUGAAUUGUAGUUGUAAAUUGAAAAAUUGAAUUGUAAGGUAAAAACUGCAACCUUUUCUCAGAAUUGUUGGUUUAAAUUACGCAAUUCUGAUUUUUUUCUCAGAAUUGAGAUAAACUUGCAAUUCCAAGAAAAAAGUCAGAAUUCUGAGUUUAUUUCUCACAAUUCUGAGAAAAAAGGUCUGAACUGCAAGAUAAACUCAGAAUUGCGACUUUUUCUCAGAAUUGCGUGAUAUAAACUCACAAUUGCGAGAAAUAAAGUCAGAAUUGUAAGCUAAAAUCUUGGAAUUGUGAAAAAAAAAGUUAGAAUUCAGAAUUGUGACUUUCUCAGGAUUGCAAUAAACUCACAAUUCCAAGAAAAAAAAAGUCAGAAUUCUGAGUUCAUAUCUCACAAUUCUGAGAUAAAAAAGUCUAAACUGCGAGAUAAACUCAGAAUUGCAAGAAAAAAAGACAGACAAAGAUUCUGACUUAUUCUGAUUCCCAAUUCUGACUUUCUUUCUUAGAAAGUAUUGUUCAAAUCUCGCAAUACUGACUUUAUCACUCGCAACUGCAAGUACAUAUCACAAUUAUGAGAAAAAAAGUCAGAACUGCGAGUUUACAUUCUGACUUUAUAAUGCACAAUUACAAGUUUUGCAUUUUUUUUUUAAUCCAAAGUUUAUAUCUCGCAAUUCUGACCUUUUAGUAAAGUAUUACCAAUUUGAAUCUCGCAAUUACUGACCUUAUAACUCGCAACUGAAAGUUUAUAUCUCAUAAUUCUGAGAAAAAAAAGGCAGAUUUGCGAGAUAAACCUUAGAAUUGCGAGAAAAAAAGUCAGAAUUCAGAAUCGCAAUUUUUUCCUCAGAAUUGCAAGUUUAUAAUGUCAGAAUAGUGGGAUAUAAACACGCAAUUACAAGAAAUAAAGUCAGAACAAAGAUGCAAUUUUGGAAUUGCAAGAAAAGUCUAAAUUGUUUUUUCUCAGAAUUAAGAUAAACUCGCAAUUCCGAGAACUCAGAAUUCUGAGUUUAUAUCUCACAUUUCUGAGAUAAAACUGCUAAAUAAACUCAGAACUGCAAGAUAAA